AUGCUGAUCCUAACGGAUGGAGAGAUCUGUGAUCUUCCCAACACGACGGAAGAGAUCAUCAAGUGCUCUUCGCUCCCCAUCUCGAUCAUCAUCGUCGGAGUCGGCAAAGGGAACUUUGGCAAGAUGGAGAAACUUGACAGCGACGAUUCGCUCCUCAAAGGCAAAGGAGGCAACAGGGCAGAAAGGGACGUCGUUCAGUUCGUCCCCUUCCGCAAAUACUCCGGCAACCGGGCUGGAGAGCAACUUUCCGAGGCCGUGCUGGCUGAGAUGCCUUAUCAGCUCCUGGCGUACAUGUGCAAGAACCGUGUCAAGCCUGCGGUCAACUGGCCCUUCGAGCUUCCGAAUGAGCCCUGGGUGCAGUGA